AUGCAAGACAACAAAGAAUUUCAGAACUUUUCUGGUUAUCUCAAACUUAUAGAAUCGAUCGGUCCUUUGAAAUCGGCUAAAAAGCGAUGGUUCGUUUUGGAACAUGGUGGAAGGUUCCUUUAUUAUUACCAUAAUGACAAGGACGUGGUACCUGUCGGCAGGGUGUACCUGCCUACGGCAGCUUUUUACUUUGACCCUAAGCAACCUCACUGUUUUGAAAUAAGGUCCAAUGGGAAGGUGAAGUCAUUUGAGGCACACGAUAGAACGUCUUGCCUCAGGUGGUUGGAACUCUUGCAGAACGAACGGCACUGGUGUUUGGAGCACAAUGACAAAGUACAUGACUCCGACUCGGAAGUUGUAACAAAACUGCCACACCUCUCCAAAUUUCUCGAACGUACUUCUCACGCUGGUGCAGGUGCCGGCGGCGGCGCAGGCGCUUUGUUUCCCACGGAAAAUGAGGGUCGUUUCAGUAUGCAUAAGUCUGUGUUCUACAUAACGGAGGAUGGAGAAUUGAAGGAGAACAGUCUUAAAUAUCCGGUCAAUAAUGACGAGUAUAGCGUUGCAGUUCCAGAAGAGGGAGUUGAGUUUUCUAUAAAUUCUGGAACGAGUGUAAACGUCAGUGGCCUUGCGGGUGGCGAGAAGAUCGGCGCAAUGUUUCAUCGUCUUCUCAAGCUUUCUGUCUUAUCCACACAGAAGCAGUGCCCCAAUUGCAGCCAGCUGAUUUCCGUUGCCAGUAGCCUCAAAGAGAAAUGUGUUGAUCUGCAAGAUGAGCUUACGGCUGCCCGGGAAUUAAUCGAUGGACUGCAAAGUAGUCUGAAGGCAAGCCAGGAUCAGAUGGACAGCAUGGAAACACUGCUUAAGAACAGCGGCAUGGAGGAAGAGCGGCUCCUGAUGUUUCUUAAGUCAGAGAAACAGGUCCACAAAUUGAAGGUCGACAAUUCGAACCAUGAAAUUGCUAUCAAGGAAAUGAAUGCUAAAAUACAGCACAUGGAGGAGACGCUUGAAGCGAAAGAGCAGGAAGUAAUGGCGCUUCAGCGGGCCGUUCUUUCUAAGGACGAACAGAUUGUCAGACUGGCUGAGGAGAAGCCGGUCACGGACUCCGGCAUCGUCUUCAUGGGUCAACCUGCAGAUCAGGACGUCUCUGGUUAUGAGGAUGUGACAGAGUCCAUUUUGUGUUCAGAAGUACAGGUAGUGGACAGCGGUGAUCAAGACAUCGUAAAACUCCAAGAUUUGGUACACGGGUACGAAACACAGAACCAGUUUUUGAAUAAGGAAAUUCUCGAGCUUCAGAACGUCAUACGCCAUUUAGAAGGUCGUGAGAGUCGCAUCAGUCGACGAUGUUUUGAUGUCGAGGCACAGUUUUACCAGCUGAAGAGCCGGUACUUGUUGCUGCUGAACCAUUUUCAGCCAAAUAAAGACCUGCCCCAACAGAUCGCCGGCGAACUCAUGAAGGAAGCCGAAAAAAGUCUUUCCCUUCCGAAUACCGAACCCAAGCGCUUCACUGACGACCUCGGCUUUUAUCUGGCACCUAAAUGCAUGGGAGAUAGUCGUAACGGAAGUGAAGACUUGUUCCUGAAAGCUGGUGAGUUGCAGAAAGUUUCCACAGAGCUGUCCUCGAAAAAGCUACAAGAGACCGACGAGAACUACCUGAACUGGCUUACACGAUGGGACAGUUUUCUCGUCAACUUCGCUGACAAACUGGUGUCUCCCGGCCCAGACCUCAAGGAACUCAUUCGAAGCGGUGUGCCACAUACAUAUCGGGCCCGCGUUUGGAAAAGUUUGAUCGCAGAGCGAACGAAAGAUAUCAUGUCCGAAGUAGGAACCGGUUAUUUCGACUGUCUUUGCCGAAUAAAUCUGUCUAAGUCGAGCGAAGGCUACGACCCAGCGCUAAAGCAAAUCGAUUUAGAUCUGACCAGAACUCUUCCAAACAAUAUCUACUUCGAAGAUCUGCAGGCAGAAAAAAUCGAAUCAUUGCGGCGCGUUCUUUAUUCGUACAGAGGUCAUAAUCCACGAGUACUGUUUCGUUUUGCCUUAGCAGCAUUGAAGUUAAACGAAGAGAAGAUCCUGAACUGCCGAACUUCUAGCGCCGUGCAUUCGUGCUUGAGCAAAAUUGGCGAAGAGCUAUCAGACUACAGGAAACUCGCUGAGGUAGGUAACUGA